UCGGUUUUCCCCCCUCCCCUUUUUUCUCUCCCUCUCUCUCUCUCUAAAAUCUCAAUUUUCUCUCUCUAAGGUUUUGUGAAUUGUAUCACAGUCGAAUUGAAGAAGUAAUAAGAGAAGUAAUCCAACAAUGGUUGACAAAUCGAGGAAGCGGAAGAAGGGUUCAAUCAGCGAAGAAGACGUAUCCACUCUCCUACAGAGGUACUCCGUGAAUACGGUGCUGGCGUUGCUGCAAGAGGUGGGGCAGGUGGCCGGAGAGAAUAUUGAUUGGCAUGAAAUGGUGAAGAAUACCGCCACCGGAAUUUCCGGUGCGAGGGAAUACCAGAUGUUGUGGCGUCAUCUUGCGUAUGGAGAAACCCUAAUCGAUCAAUUUGAUCAUGACGCAGACCUUAUGGAUGAUGAUAGUGACUUAGAAUAUGAGCUGGAAGCUUUUCCUGCUGUUGGCCGUGAAGCUUCAGCUGAGGCUGCUGCAUGUGUUAAAGUUUUAAUUGCUUCUGGUUAUCCAAAUGAUACCCAGCUCCCGAACAACUCAACUAUUGAGGCACCAUUGACUAUAAAUAUACCCAGCAGCAAGGCAUUGACGAAUCCUUCAGAUAGUUCACUUCUUGCUAAUGCAAUGCACGGCACAAAUAUCAGCAUCCCUGUUUCUGUACAAAAACAACCAUUGUCUUCUGGAAUAUGUGGUGAAAAAAGGCCCAACAAUGGCACAUCAGGACUUAAUAUGCCUCCUCGUAGAAAAAGAAGGGGCUGGUCUACUGAAGAGGACAUGAAACUGACAGCAGCUGUAGAGAAAUAUGGAGAACGAAAUUGGGCUAAUAUAGCCAGAGGAGAUUUCAAGAAUGACAGAAAAGCAUCCGAGCUAUCUCAGAGGUGGGCCAAUCUCAGAAAAAAACAGGGCAACUUGAAAGUGGGUACAAGUUCACAACUUUCUGAAACUCAAUUGGCUGCUGCUCAUCGAGCCAUGUCCCUAGCCCUAAAUAUGCCAAUGGGAGACAAUUUGAAGGGAGCUUCUCAAAUAAGUACUGUUGGAAUGAAAUCCCAGCAGCAAUCUCAGAAAGCUUCUACGUCACCCACAGAUCAACAGUUGGGAAGAGCAGGGCCUCCAAAAUCUCAGGUGCCGACGAAAAGGCCAACAAUGAACCCUAAUUCUACCCCAGAUUCAAUGGUGAAAGCUGCUGCAGUUGCUGCUGGGGCUCGUAUAGCUACCUCCGCUGAUGCUUCUUCACUAAUUGAGGCUGCAAGGUCACAAAAUGUUGUGCAUAUCACAACUGGAGGCAGUUCCGUGAUGAAAUCCUCCACUACAAGUAUUACAAAUCAACUGCCAAGUAAUGUACACUUCAUUCGCAAUGGCCUGGCAAAGGCACCUAUUUCCACUUAUUCUGCUGCUAAACCAAACAUCUCGCGACCUGGUGAAGCUCAGCAAGCACAAGGUCAUCUUAUAAAACCUGCAGCAUCUGCAGUUCAGUCUAAACCAGUGGUAACUGCCACAAUGCUGAAUGUGACAUCUCGGGUGGAAAAUGGUACAGCAUCCACAACGUCAAUUACACUUCCCAAAACUUCUGAAGGUGCAGUAGUUUCUGCUUCAGCUACCGAGAAACAAGAGCUUCUCCAAAGAGAUCAAGAUACUGAUCAAGAUGCUAUCUGUUGCUGUGAUCCAGAGGAACGAUUACCUGUAAAUCAAUCAGCUGCACCAGGCAAUCAAUCAGAAGUUGGAAAAAGUCAAUCUUCUGCCUCGUGUAAUGCUCCGGAAGAAAACACUCGGGAAGACCAAACUUCUAUUUCCCUCUCAGACCUAGUUGGUCAAAGACAGGAUGAUCAAGUCGCUUUGCCACUGCCCGAAGCAGAAGGCAAUGGUACAAAAAACACUGAGAACCAAUUUGCAAACAAAGAAAUCCAUGAUAAUCCUGUUCCAAGUGAGAGGCACGAAGAUUUACCGAGCGUAGAUGAAAGUGAAAAGUCCAAGUAAUGUAAAAUGCAUUGCACAGCAGGAGACGGUGGAGACUAAACUUGCCAUGUAUGAAAUCUUUGUUUAAUGCAUUCUUCAAGUGACUGAUUUUACUGUUGCCGGUUUUCCGGUCUGUAUAUAGCUGUGAAGAAAAGCUUCAUACAUUCUGGAAAAAAGCCCCUGAAGCCUAGAUAGUGAUUGCUUAUCCUAUCCAUUUUCAAAUCUCUUUGCAGCUUCUGGUAAUGGAGGAUCUCCAUGCUGGCUUCUUGGGUGCAGUAGUUCUUUUGCCCUGAAUCCUCCAUUAUGGAAGGAACAGUAGUCAGUAGUCACAUGAUAAUAUUCACUUGGGCUAUCAAAAUCAGUGAAGCCUGAAAA